AUGGCUACAACCACCGAACCCCUCGCCUCCCAAGCCCGAUCCCUAUACCGCGCAAUCCUCCGCGAACUCCCUCGCCGCCCGCUCUCGUCCCCCUCACCGCUCAAGCAACGACUGCGCAGCGAAUUCCGCUCCUCCUUCACCGGUUCAUCCCAAGAAGAAGAGAAGCUCCUCCACCGCCGGCUGCAAGAGACGGAGCAGUUUGUCCGGUACGCGCAGGCCCAACGCAUGUACACGACGCUGCUGGACCGGUACUAUCCGGGGAUCAAUCUCGAUGAGCAGGAGAGGAUCCGGUUGACGGCGAGACGGGUGGGGAUGGAUUUGCCGGUCGUGAAUGAGAAUGGAGGGGAAGAAGACGAUGACGGGGAAUGA